AUGCCAUCGACACAAUUUUUACUCGUAUAUCUCGACGAGAAUAGAGAAAUCCGUCUAGAAUCUUCUGGGCCAAUCGCGGAUAGCUGCCACACGGUACUAUCCAUGAAGGUGAUUGAUGCAUUUCUGAGAGCUGGUCAGAUGUCUAGAGAAGUCUGCAUCCCCAACCACCAAGCAGUCGAGACCAGCGUAACACUUGCCCCUUGUCAAAAAGAGCCAGACACAGAGAAAGGUUUUUCUCAUCCAUCGAUAUCCAUCCAGAUGCAUUCUGGAGGCACCAAGCUUGCGAAUAAUCGGCUCAUGAGACAGCCUAUCACCGAGGCUGCUAAUUUUCAGCCUGCCUACAAUGAGCCGUCACCAUUUUUCCCCAGUGAAACUUCCGAAUAUAAAUGGCAGGGUUUUUCCAACGAAACAUACAAGUCUAUGGGCGACAAGAAAGCCGCGAUAUCAGUCAAGAACCAUGAUCUCUUGGCCCUUUAUUAUGAAAAGGCCUUCGAGAAUAUCCAGCAGACCAAUUGCCGGACUCUAGCUAAAGCCUAUGUCAAGCUUGUAGAGCCUCAGAAACAGGUGAAUUACCCAUACAAUGGACGUAAGGUCAUCGCAGGUACUAAAAGACAACUUGAUCCUAAUGAGACUAAACCACCGUGGUGGCCCUCGAGAGUCACCCAUCGGGAGCCAGAUCACCUUCCUAAAUUUGUUCAUAUUCUUUGUGAGCUGCGCACCAGCCACGGGAUUUCGGUUGCAAAACUUAGAGAAGCCGAUCAGCAAGUUCGCCAUCACAUUAAUCCACCUGAACGAUUGCACAUCCUGGACGAGUUAUAUCGAGUCAGGCAACAAGAGGAAGGGUUAUUAGACGGACACAAUGACGAGCAAACGACGGCUUGGAUCUCCCACGCAAAUUUUCCUGGGUCUUUAGAGGCUCCUAGCCAGACAAGCAAUACUUUCAACAGCGGCCCUAUCCACACUAUUUUCACUCGAGAUAGAAAGACGCUGGACCACUCAGCAUCACCAUGGAGCAAUCAUGCCCUCGGAAACAAAAUUGUCAAAGAUGAUAAGAAACAUAUGAUCUCGUUAAAAGCCGGUUCUGAAUAUGGCUCUUCGGUUGCCGCUCGACCUUUGAAGAGGAGACUCAAGGUUGCAGAGGUCCACUCAGCAGCUCGGCCAAAGAGCUCUCUUCUUCCUACGCCCUAUCCCCUUCCUCCUACUGUUACCGAGCAAUUAUCUCUUGUCGACUACUAUGACCCGGCUUUUCUGAUCCAGACUCUCAAGCUUCCAGAACUCAGCCAAUCGAAAACCAGCAUGCCAAAUCAAUCAUUGCAGCAUCAGGAAACGUGCGACAUCUAUCUCCAGAAUCCCACCUUCGACACCUCAGCCCAAUACUGGCCAAUGCUGGAUCCAAUCUGCCAUCUCACCCCCAACAUUGGUUUACCACAAUCCCAACCACUUGCCCCAGAUCCACAUUUUAAUAUGUGGUUUCCCCCGAUGUGGAUUGAUGGCAUGACUGCUCCUGGAACAUCAGCCUGUUCACUCCCAAAUCCAAUAACACCGAAAGCUGAAGCGGCUUAUGUCCCGACUCGGAGUUUUUAG